GUACCAAAGAAAACUUGAUGCUUGAUUCUGAACUGCGACAUGUUCAUGUCCACUCGAUAUGUUUAUACACAUGUGCUCGCGGAGCAUCUAUCCCCCUUCGCUCCUCAAAUUGCCCAAUUCAAUUCCCCUCGAUACGCUUAUUCGUGCUUGCCUUGCCUCUUGAGGCGAAGCGUCUUGUCGACCCAGAGCUUGCGGACCAGCGAGACGGCGGCCAUGACGACGGCGACGCUGUAGCGAAACGUACUCAAAGGCCAGAUCUCAGUGGGGAUGUUCUUGAGCUGGCGGAUGCGCUGGGAAACAGUGUGUGCUAUGCGACACGUACGGGAACCGGGCUGCGCAGGCGCAAAGUCUCCCUCAUGACGAGCUGCGGACUGGCCCUCAUGAACGCCUGCUGCGUCGGGCGCAUCAUCAUCAUGCGCGUAGGCUGCAUAGCCAGGACCCUCGUAGCCUUGAACAUGAUUGCUUUCGGUGUGGAGUGGAGAUGUGUCUGCUAUUGUAGUUAUUGUCGUGAAUGCAAUACAAUCGCUUCGCUCGUCAACUCGCAGCUCGAACGGACCGGAAAAAGCCGAGUCGCUAA